UACCUCCUACACUCACUCUGAUCAUACCAAACCAAAGCUACGUUCUACCAUGAAAGCCAUUAUUGUUCUCUCCUGCAUGGUGGGGAUGGCACUCUGUGCUCCUCAGCUUGCUCCCUACAUUCAGGUGGAGAUUAAACAAGCUCCAGGGGCAGCUGGUGCCGCACCUGCUGUAUCAGGGUCCUCUCUGCAGUCUAUCCUUGAUGCGUUGAGAGCUGCCCAGGCUGCUGGUGGGCCCCAGGUCCUCGUGAAGCAGGAGAUCCCUCAGCCCGCUGGAAGAGAGAGCGUUGAGAUUUUUUACCCCUUGGCCCCCGCUGCCCCUGCCGCUCCUGCUGCCCCUGCGGCCCCUGCGGCCCCUGUUGUCCCUAAUGUCCCUGUUGUCCCUAAUGUCCUUGUUGUCCCUAAUGUCCCUGUUGUCCCUGUUGUCCCUGUUGCACCCGCUGCACCCGCAGCCCCUGCCAAGGCUCCUUCCAGUGAUGAUGAUGAUGAGGAGGAUGAGUAAACAACACUCGCCAAGCCAAUUCCUUGACACUGGUAUCCAAGACACGGAAACAAAGAUGUGACCUUGAUAGCUGCUUCCUCUUUCCUAACCUGAUCAUUCACGACAAUGUGGUGCUACACUCUGACUUCCUGGUUCCCACAGGAAGCCAUUAAGCUCUUUCUGUUACCAUUUUGUAUACUGUAGUUUGUUUCGACAGAUUUAAAAAAUAAAUCUUAGAAUCUGUCA